AAGCCAUAUUGAAACAGAUCCCUGUGUGUUUUCAGGAGUGUAUUGCUGAUAGCAAAGACUGGAGAAAGUGUCAAGAAGACGUCAAGAGGUUUCGAGCCUGUAUGGACGAUUACAACAAAAAACGAAAGGAUGCUUUAAAGUGAAUAGUGAGACAUGGCAAGUCUAACCUCAAUUUUGUCAGGCUUCGCAGUGGGCUUUGCUACCGCUUAUGUGCUGAGUGGCAAUGUGCUUCGAGGACUGUUGGCAGCCGCCACUGCUAGUGGUGAGGGCACCAUGAAGAUGGCGUUGGUCGUUCGCACAGACCUGAAGAUGGGCAAAGGGAAGGCUGCUGCCCAGUGUGCACACGCAGCCGUCUCCUGCUACAAGCGAGCGUUGUACAGCGCAGCCAAUCAGCUCCAGCAGUGGGAGAGAGACGGACAGACAAAAGUGGUUCUGGCCACAACAGAAGAGCAAGGGUUGUUACAACUAGCCAGUGAAGCCAAGAAAGCGGGUCUGAUUGCAGUGGUGGUCCAUGAUGCCGGACAUACACAAGUGCGUAGUGGCACGGCAACCGUUGUCGGGAUCGGACCAGGCCCUCAGGAUCUAGUUAAUAAAGUUGUUGGUCAUCUGAAGCUUUUUUAGGAUACAUGAAAUAUAUUUGUAUUUACUAGGAUUAAAUAAUAUAAUCUGUAACUGUU